CUCACGUCUCACGCCACGGAAACGCUCUCGACGCUCGUCUCGCCCGUCGUCCUCCGCGCGCCGUCGCCGCCCAGUCGUCGCGACAGCGAACCCGACGCCCGCGCGCGCCGCGAACGCGUCGGUCGGCAACCCUAAAGGAAAGAGGGCGGAAAGAAAAGGGCGCUUCUCGCGCGUAGGAUAGAUCUCGGCCGCGAUGAGCAUCGCGCGACGCGCGCUCCUGAGCGCCGCGGCGUCGACGUCGCGCGCUCACGUCGCCCCCGCGGCGACCGCGGCGACCGCGCGCGCGUACCACAAGAACGUCGUCGACCACUUCGAGAAACCUCGCAACGUCGGGUCGUUCGAUAAGAAAGAUCUGAACGUCGGGACGGGGCUCGUCGGCGCGCCCGCGUGCGGGGACGUCAUGAAGCUCCAGAUCAAAGUCGACGACGACGGGAACAUCGUGGACUCGUGCUUCAAGACGUUCGGGUGCGGCAGCGCGAUCGCGAGCAGCAGCGUCGUCACGGAGUGGGUGAAGGGGCAGCACAUCGAUCAGGCGGUGACGAUAAAAAACAACGAGAUCGCGAAGCACCUGAACCUGCCCCCGGUGAAGCUACACUGCAGCAUGCUCGCGGAGGACGCGAUCAAAGCCGCGGUGGACGAUUUGAAGAAGAAACGCGCGGAGGCCAAGGCGUGA